AAAAAACAAUUCAUGUUAGGUACAGACCUACUAAAUUAUUCAACGUUAGGUGUUCAAUCCUCACGUACUGUUUGCUGUGGUGUGGUCCGCUUGAGUUUUGGAUAUGCCCAAAAUCUUCUUCUUUUUUUUUUGGCUUAUGGCAGUAAAAUGAGCUGGCAAAAUGGAUGGACAGCGUAAAACACAUACAACGUGAUGUGGCCCACUGAGCUUUUCCACAGCGGACGGUAGAGUCACUAUCCAAUCUGAGUCUGAAAAAAUCAUCGGUCCUUUUAGGUGGACCACACCCCAUGUAAAGUAAUCCAGCCGACCAACGUCUGAAGAAAGAAAUAACAACACCUGCAACAAGCCACACAUUGUACACCUCACACAAGCAACAACACCAGCAGUUCUACAUGAAGAUGUGGUUACUCAUCUUCCUCUCCAUCUCUUUCUCCAUAGCUUUGAAAUUCCUUCUCUCCAACCUCUUCCAAAAACCAAACACCAAGAAGAAGAAACUCCCACCUGGCCCACCCACCAUACCUUUAUUGGGCAACCUCCUAUGGCUGAGCAACUCCCCAUUCAAUAUCGAGCCCAUCCUCCGGGACCUCCACGCCAAGUACGGCCCCAUCAUCACCCUCCAUGUCGGCCCAUGGCCAACCAUCUUCAUCGCUGACCACUCCCUUGCCCACGAAGCACUCAUCCAGAAGGGAUCCAUCUUCUCCGACCGGCCGCCUGCCACGGUGCCAGUCCGUGUCACUAUUAGCAACCAAUAUAACAUUGGUUCUGCUGGAUACGGCCCACUAUGGCGCCUCCUUCACCGUAAUCUCAUGUCGGAAAUCCUCCUUCCUUCACAUGUGAAGUCUUACGCUCAGGACCGCAAGUGGGUACUUGAGAUUUUGAUCAAACAGCUCCGAUACCAAGCUGAUGCAGGCAAGCCUGUCUGUGUUGGGGAGAGCUUCAAGAACACUAUGUUCUUCUUGCUCUUGCUCAUGUGCUUUGGCCACAGGCUAGAUGAAAGCGUUGUGAAAAAAAUUGAAGACAUACAGCAACAGUUGACCAUGAUCUUGCUUAGCUUCAACAUUUUCGCCUUCCUACCGAAGCUAGUAAAUAUCUUAUUCAGCAAGCAGUGGAACAGGCUCUUAGAGAUCCACCACAAGCAAGAACAGCUCUUCAUCCCUCUAAUAAGAGCUUGUCGAGAUCGUAAAGGAGAUGAUCAAGAUGAGAAGAGCUUUGUGUUUUCCUACGUAGACUCGCUUCUCGCUCUCGAGCUUCCUGAAGAGGGAGGGAGGAAGCUCACCGAAGGUGAGAUGGUGAGCCUUUGCUCAGAAUUUCUAGCCGCAGGCACUGACACGACCUCAUCUUCGUUGCAAUGGAUCAUGGCGAACCUUGUGAAGCACCAGGACAUACAAUCGAAGCUGGCAGAAGAGAUUGAAGCAGUCGUUGGGAAGGAGCGAGAAAUAAGAGAGGAUGAUCUGGAGAAGAUGCCAUAUCUGAAGGCCGUGAUCAUGGAGGGGCUGCGGAGGCACCUGCCGGGCCACUUCCUGCUGCCUCAUGCUGUGUCAGAAGAAGUAACAUUGAGUGGGUACCUCAUACCGAAGAACACGACAAUCAAUUUCCCUGUGGCUGAGAUGGGCCUUAACAAGGAGGUAUGGGAGGAUCCGACGGAAUUCCGACCUGAGAGGUUCUUGGAUGGUGGCGAGGUCGUCGACAUAACAGGGAGUAGGGAGAUAAAGAUGAUGCCUUUCGGGGCAGGAAGACGGAUAUGCCCUGCACUUGGUCUGGCUAUGCUGGUUCUGGAGUAUUUUGUGGCAAAUCUGGUGAGGGAAUUUGAAUGGAAGGCAAAGGAGGGAGAAGAUGUUGAUUUAAGUGAGAAGAAUGAAUUUAUUAUUGUUAUGAAGAAUCCAGUGGAGGUGAAGAUCAUUUCAAGGAGAAAGUAAAGAUUGGAAAUUGAUAUUUGGACGAUGUUAUGUGUGUAAUUAACUACUCUACUUUUACUUCUUGUAUUUGUCACCUGUUCUACUUCUAUAUCAAAUAUUACAUGGCUAGCUAUGAUAAGGCUUUUUUAUUUUUA